AUGCCAAUCAAGGCAAAAGUAGCUUCAAAGAACCCGAGAGGGCUGGUGCUCAGCAAUAUACCCGCCAAUUUAGAGCAUGCAAGGUCCAGGAGAAAUCUGAAGACGGAUGGAAUCACAGAAAAUGCGAAUGAGCAUAGGAAGAAUUUUGAAGAAGAUCAAGCCAUCCAGAACGUGCCACAGAAAAAGUGUGUAUCACAGGUAUCUCAGCAGGUAUCAGAUGCAGAGGUUUCGUUACUCAUUUCGAUACCAGCACAUGAAUCCAAGAAUAAAGUUAUCAGCCGCAAGGUGUCUGACAGCUCCCCUAUGGCUGAUAGUCAACACGUCACGUCUCUUUUUGUAGGAGAUCUGGCGUCAACUGUGACAGAGAAGGAUCUUGCGCAUUUAUUUCGCAGAUACAGUUCUCUGGUCUCGGUAAAAGUUUGCAGAGAUUCAAGCGGCAAAGAAACUUUGGGUCACGGAUAUGCCAACUUUGCUCAUGAGGAAGAAGCUAAGAGUGCAAUGAACGAGUUCAAUUACAGCCAAUUUUUCGGUAAAGAAAUUCGACUCAUGCCCUCAAUGCGCAACAGCUAUUACCGCAAAAAUGUUGGUACCAACGUUUUUUUUUCAAAUUUACCAUUAGAGAAGAAAGAGUUAACUACCAGAAUAUUUUAUGACACUUUCAAGUCUUAUGGUAGUAUUUUGUCUUGUAAACUGGACAGACGGAAAAAUAUCGGAUUUGUGUAUUUUGAAAGUGGACUUGCAGCGACUAAAGCAAUCGAAGACUACAACCAAAGGGAAUUCUUCGGCUCCAUAAUUUCAUGUGGUAUCCAUUUUGAUAAGCUGAUAAGAAAUUCUCCAGAGUUCUCAACGAGAAAGGCCAAACUUCAAGGUUUGACUUUGCAAAAAGAACAACUUGUGCCCGAAGAUGACCCUGAAGUCAAAAGAAAACAUCAACACGGAAUCUCGGCUCACAGAAACGCGGUUCUCGUCAAAAAUGUCUGCCUUUCAGCAACGACCGAAAUGCUGUUAGAUUAUUUUAGCCAAUUUGGUCCCAUCAAGUCCGUGUUCCUUUCCAAAAAACUGACACAAGGAUCACGUGACGCGAUGGUCACAUUCAAGAGAGGUUCAGAUAUUAAAAGGGCCAUUUCGACCGCUAACGAUUCAAAAUUUCUAGGCAGAAAAAUUCGGGUUCUCAAGCUAAUCGACCGAUCUUCAUCUGAAAUAAAACAACUUGGGUUCCCAAACCUGAGUGGUCCAAAAUCAAACGAAAUUGAUCAUACAACUUCCAAUGGUCAUCAAAACGAAGCCAUUUUUUUAACCAACUUGAGUCCAAUUUGCACGGAAGAGUUCAUCGCUUGCAUUUGUCGCAGAGAGGGUGUACAUUUCAACAAAAUUCUUACCAAAAAUAUGAAUACCUGGGGGUCAGCUUUAAUUGGUAUAGUAGAGUGCAAAUCUCAAAAGGAUGCCAGGAAACUGUUUAAUGUCAUGAAUAACAGACUCAUUGGAGAUAGUUUUGUGAGAGCAUCUUUCGACGUACCUAUGGCGAAAACAUCGGAAAAUGGUCAAACCCAAGAAAAUCAAGAUAGUUCGAAGCCAUACAAGAAAGGUUUUUUUGACCCUGCUACUUCUGAUUCAAAAUUUUCCAACAACAACCUUAAGCCUUCUGAUGGAUUGAACCUAACGGCAAGAUACCUUGACCAUGGCCAACCCAUUAUUAUGGGUUACAAAAAGGGAGCCAAGGCAGAGGGAUUUGUGAGACGAAGAGUCAUCGAAGUAUUGCAAAAAAAAGUCAGCGGCAUGAUCGACUUUUUGAAAUCACCGGUAGCUACUCGCGAAGAAAAUCUAAAAUGUAUUGCCGAAUACAUUUUAGAAGUCUACUGGAGAUCAGAUUUAGACAGUCUUGCCGAUUUUCUGCUAAUGAUGAGCACGAAACCGCAAAAUGAAAGAAUCUUGAGUAAACAAGUGGAUGAAGCUGUAAAAUUGUUGGGUUUUCAGAGAUAA